AUGUCCGAAGUCGACCUCUUCUUCAACAAAGGCGUAUUCAAAGUCCAGACUGGCGGUGUCAGGAUCAAGAACAUCGGCACGGGCACCUUCCUCGACUUGUACCAUAGCUUGAGUGCCGAGAACAACCCCGUCAUCGGAUUUCAGAACAACGGGACUGAUGCCCAGCUGUUCGUACCAUUCCUGACCCUUCUUCGACCACAGUGGACUGUCCAGGUAGUCGAUGAGAGCAAGGGACACAUCAAGCUCUUGAACGCCGCUGGCGGGACCUACGCCCGUGCUCCCGACCACAUCAUUGGCGGGCAAGUCGUCGGGAGCAAUGUCGACGAGACUUUCAAGGUGUCCGAGAGCGGGGGGAAGGUCCAGAUCACUAUUAUCGACGAGGGCUAUGCUCUUUCCUUGGCCAGUGCUGCAAACGAAACCCCCGAGCAGGUGAAACUCGCCAAUCCCGACCGCUCGAAGAACGACCAGCUUUGGAGCUUCCAGAAGGUGUAA